AUGAACUCUAUAUAAUAAAAAAAUGCCUUUAAUUCAGAUAAGAUAGGCCCUAAUAGCUUCCUUGUACAUGGCUUAAUUGGAAAAGGGUCCUUCGGAGAAGUCUAUUUAGUCGAAAAAAGCGAUUAAGGGAAACUUUAUGCUAUGAAAGUGUUACAUAAAUCUAAAAUAAAUAAAUAAAAUUUAGGUUAAUAUGCUAUGUCAGAACGAAAUAUACUUAGUUAUAUAAAACAUCCUUUUAUAGUACAUUUAUAUUUUGCCUUUUAAACUUAAGAUAAGCUUUUUUUGAUUCUCUAGUAUUGUCCAGGAGGUGAUUUGGGCGAGCUAUUAAAAAAAGAGAAAAAAUUUUGCGAAGAAAAAACUAAAUUUUAUCUUUCAGAAAUUAUUUUGGCAUUAGAAUUUUUACAUUAAAAAGAUAUAAUAUUUAGAGACUUAAAACCAGAUAAUAUAGUACUCGAUUACGAAGGACAUGUUAUGAUUACAGAUUUUGGAUUGUCCAAAGAAGGAAUUAUUGAUUAGUGUAUAGGCGCUAAGUCUUUUUGUGGAAGUUAUGCUUAUUUAGCGCCAGAAAUGCUUAAAUAAACUGGACAUGGAAAAGCUGUAGAUUGGUAUUUGCUAGGAGUUCUAAUGUAUGAGCUUUUAAUAGGAGAACCACCUUUUUAUACUUCAAAUAAAGAUAUAUUAUUAAAAAAUAUAGAAGGUGGAAAAUUAAAUAUACCAGAGUAUUUAUCAUUAGAAGCUAAAUCUAUUCUGAAAUCAGAAACUAAUAAUGAAUACUCCACAUAGAUAUAUUAGAUUAAAAACAUAGUUUGA